GGGUUCUGUACUGGUAUCAUGUGUAAACUCUGAAGGAUUGCAAUCUAGUGGGUAGCCCCUAUGCAUGAGAAUAGAUUGGGCUUACAGGCCUUGCUGAUUCUUUAACCUGUUGCUUAAAAAGAUCCCCUUGUCCGAUGGAGUUACCUUAGAACUGUAAACCUCAGUGUGACUUUGACUGUUGUGGGGCAUGGCAGGGAAUGGAUGGAAACCAAGGUGGAACCUAGCACUGAAGGACAUCCCUUGCAUCUGUGCCAUCUGAGAGCAUUCAGAGAGUGAAGAGCUGGAGCCUCCCUUGAGCAGGGCUGGCCAGUUCAGUCUGCAGCAAGUCAAAAUGUUAAGAUCAGCUGAAUAAUAAUCUGCAGAUGAAAUGUCAGUGUGGACACCCAAUAUGCAUUUAUCAAUUGAAGGAGAUCAGGUACUGAUACCGCACAGUACUGCCUCUCUGCUGCGUGUAGAAGUUUUACAAAGGUCAAGGAGUCCAGAGGCAUCAAAUGUCUCUGAAAGAUGUCUUGCUUUGUUGGGAAAGUUGUCACUGGAUAACAGUCACCAAAGAAAAAAAGUGUUUUUAGAAACAGAAGAAGUGUAUUUAGAAACCCAGCCUUUCAGGGAGUAAACAUUAAAAAGUGGCCUCAAAAUCAGAUCAGUUUCUUCCAUGAAGAGCCCUAAGAUUCAUGCAUGUAUUUUGAAUUGUGACCAGGAGGUAUAUUGUCUGAUACUUCCCUAAAUUGAUCACUACUCCUUGCCUCCAAAUGCUUUACGUAACUAUUUAUUCCUACAUUUACAUUAAUUUAGGUUUUGGUUGCUGGCUUCGAAGUUUGCUUAGCAGUGUCAUUGCAUGAUGCUUGCCUUGUUUGUGUAUCAUCAGACAAUGUCCAAGUUGCCUGACAGCUUUCAAGUGAUGAGAUGUGGCUGGCUUGCAGUUUUCCUGGCUGUACUAUAGAGCUGAUACUCAUUUUGUCAGUUGUCAAGCUAAAACUCUUUAUUUCCAGCGUUUAAAUAGAUAGAAUUAAUUUACCUUAGCAUGUCUGCAUCUGUAGCAGUGUAACUGGGUUCCUGUUGUAGGCAAUGCAAACUUAGCCAGUAGAAUCAGUAGUGUCUGGAGACUAAGCUGUCUUAUGCUAAGAUAAAUGCUAACCAGGUGAGGUGAAUCAUUUUUUUAUUGCUUUGACUGAAAUGGAAUUAUAGCGUCUAACUUAGGUUCCAGUCGGUGUAUUCUACACAUCUGCUUAGGUGAAGCCUACCUAAAUUGAUGUCUUGUUCCUUUCUUACUCAUAUAAGCACAAAACAGCAAAAGACAUGGACUGACUGUUAGAGAAGGUUGUUGAUUUUUAUUCUUCAUCUACAAUAGCUGGGACCAAAGAGAUCUUUUUUCCCUCUGGAAGGUUUCUUGCAGACAGGAAGGACAAUUGAAAGCAAUGGGGAAUAUAUGGAGUAGAAAGUAGUGAGCAAAUUGAUAUGCAGUUGAAGAGGGUAAUUUGUCUAGACAUAUGGAGAGUACAAAAAUUAUGUAAUUAUGCAAAUUUGUUGUUGUUUUAGAGUGAAAUUAUAAUGCUAAGUACAUUCAGCUUUUGACAAAUGAAGUAAAAGAAAACCAGCUUGCAAACCUCCAAACACUUGUCUUUAACUAAUGGCCAAACUAGAUAAUCUGUUCACACCGAGCUUAGAUUGAGUAUAGUUCCCAUUCAGAUGUAGGUUGCAUCACCAUCGAAAUCAGAGGCCACAUAUUCUCCCAGAAUUGAAUGGGGGAGAUAUUUGAAUUUCCAGAGCAAAACAUACUCUUUAAAUGAUGGCUAAGAUAAUAUACUGCAUAAAUGAGUCAUUAUAACUCUAGCUGAGAAUCUGAGCUGCAGUCCAUGCUUUUAGUUGAAUAAUCAAAUUUUUUUGACAUUUAUCCAGAAAUUGCUAGGUGCUAGAACAAUGAAGGGCAUAUUGUAGCCUCAUGCUUUUUGGCUUGUUUUGAGAAUUCCAUGUGGCAGCCUUUAACUUUCUUAUUAAGUACUUGUCAGUGUGGCAUAACUCAAGAAAUAAGAAGAAAUGCAGUUUGGGAUUUGAUUGUGCCAUUGCAUUAAGUAUUUGAAGGCCCCACUGUGCCUUGUGAUCAGUGCCAAAUAGAAGAACUUCCAAAUUAGAUAUUGAAUAAAGCAAUAAAGGGUGUGAAAUAGUGGGGUGAGAUGGAGUUUUUUAUUUGAUAUAACAAGCUGUCUAUUUUUGUUUGCUUUGUUUUUGUUAGGUUGAUUACUUUUUCUGGCGUCCAUUAGGCAAGAGGUUUAAGUUUCACAAUCUGAAGGAAUGCAUUGUGUCACCUUCAGAGAGGUAACAGACCUGAUUUGCCAUGUGUGCCGGUGUUCUUGGCACCCGACAUCUGCCAGUCGUGACAUACAGGAAGAUGUCUGGCACAUUCCAGGGUAGGAUGUGUGCAGGAGCUGUCUGCUGAAGUGGUGUUUGUGAUGUGAAGGAGAGGGUGGUGUGGACAAACAAAACAGAAGACAACCUCAGUAGGGGUGUUUCAAACUGAACUGAUGGGAUCCUGGUUCCAGUUUUCAAGGCCAGAAAGUUGUGGUAGCCAGGAGACAAGAUGCUGAUGGGAGCCUAAGGGCUGCAUUCAUUGUAGUUAAAUGUGAAUCGAUGUCUGCUUUGUGAGUCCUGUGUGGAGGAAGAUGAAUGACAUGAGGCAGGGGUUCUCAUUUUAUUAGCUCUUUAUGGAGGAAAUGGGUAUGUUUUCAUCCAAGUGAGGUGAAGGUCCAGUCAGAAACUAUUGUGGGGGAAGGUUUAUAAGAAAGUUGCACGAUUAAGUGGUAUGAAACAGUGAUGAAAAUAUUGGAUUAACCCAUAAUAUUCUAUGUGAAAUUCAGGCUCCAUUGUUUUUUCAAGCCAGCUGGCAGGAGCAAAACCAAUUGCUUAUUCCCACAUGACUGUGUUGUCUCUAAUGCUCUGUGGCCUUGACUAAAAAGCUCUCUGUGGGGCAAUUGCUUUGUGUCUGAAGCUUUGGGUGUGAUAAAUGUACUUUACUGAGUUACCUUGGCACUCAGAGGAGAUUAUCAGAGUGUAUCAGAGGACAUAUACUGUGUUCUUCAGCCGGCUUCCGCUUCCCUCUCUAAACUGACUAGAUACUGAAAAUGAUGGAGUGCUGGCAGUGGUCUGCCAGCAUAGCAGCUGAACAGGGCCUCUCUCUAAUAUUUGGCCUGAAGUCUCCUAUAUAGGGUGCAUAUGAUUGAUGUGAAACAAAAAGUCACAUAGGAAUGGCUCAUAAGAAUUCUCACCCAGUUUGUUCUUAAAACUGGCACCAAAUACCCCUCUCAGAUAAAAAAAAAACCCACCAACCAACCAGCCAACCAACCUACCAACCAACUGAAAAAACCCAAAACCUUGGUUUUUUGGAACUCCAAGUCUACUUUCUCCUUGCCUUGAAUAUCCUGAAUUAUCCUAAGUUCUCUCAAACUUACAGGACAAUGUACUCUGAUUUAAACUGUGUUUCAUGAGCUCAUCAAGAACGAUAUGAAACACGAUGAAGAGGGGCUCAAUCCCCUUUUGCCUAGGUCAGUCUAUCACAGGAAUUAAUUUAUUCACCAUUCAAGCCAUAAGGUUUCGUAAUUUAUAACCUGUAACUCUUAAUUUAUACACCUUCAAGCAAAUCCAAAAAAAUGAAACCUAGCUGUGGGGUUAGAAAUUGCUUAUCCCUUCUCCUCUGUCACAGUGCAAGUGUUCCCUGUAACACACCAAGCAGCAGGAAGGCCUCAGCAGUCCAGCUCCUGCUAGAUUUGCUUCUAAAGCUUUUUGGAUUUUAUACCUUCCAGCUUGGAGAUUUGGCCUAUACCAUUUUUUGUAAGUGAGCAGAUUCUGGGGAAAAAAGGGGGAAGAUGACAAGGAGACAGAGAUUUGCUGGUGAUAAUGGUGCGUAAUGCUCAUAAUGGCUCUUGAGCUCUUUCAGGCCAUCUGUCUGCCUACUUGAUGCUCUUGCUUUGAUUUACCGGUGCUGUGCCCAGCAUCUAUCAGGCCUCACCAGCCAAAAUCUGAGCAGAAGCUGAGUGAAUUGUCACACUGAACACACCAAAAGUAUUUUUAAAAGUUCUUUCUUUCCUAGCGAUUCAAGGCUACAUUCCCAGCUUAGAGGUUUGGAUCAAGUUAUAAAUUGUGGUGGCUUUUAAGUAAAUUUUUAAUGGUGAAGGAUAUGAUAAAUUAUCCAGUUGGUUGGGCAUCCAGACAUAUUCCAGGAGCAGUCCAAUUUAUUGCUGAAAUAUGAGGUUAAAUCAUCAGCUUUCACAACUUCACUGAGAUGUAAUAAAACAUUAUCCAUCAUCCAGAGAGAACACUUGAAAUCAUUCUAUUUAAUAUAUUUUUAAUAAUUGAAGUGGAAACUAAACAAUUUAUCUCUAGUGACUUGUUCUUAAACUUGGCAAAAGUGAGGAAACAUGGUAUUCAGUGUAAUUUAUUAAAUUUCAUAUUUUGAAGGUGUAAAUCAAAAGAAAGAACUAAAGUGAAUAAUUUUUUUCUGGAAUAGCACUCUUAAAUUAUUGAACUAAGUACAAUAGAUACUGGAUGCAUAUUGUUUAAGUAUGUGGUGACUUUUCUUAAGACUAGAUGUGCAACUGGUAUGAUUUUCUAAAGAAAGCAAAAGCACAUGACAAUUUCUCUAGCACUUUUUCUCUGGUAGCCAAAUAGCACCUGCAGGAUCAUGUUUCCUUAGCCCUUUAACAGUUCUCAUUGUACCAGUCUCUGCAGACAAAUAAGCAAUUGAUACUGGGAGUCAAUGAAUUUCAGCUUCAUUCUGUCAAUGUAUAGGGAGUUAAUGAGGCCUGGGAGGCUGUCUGAAGCACCAGCUUGGAACCUUGCUGCUUAGAGUGCUCUGCUUCAUUUAAAACUUCCCUGUAGCAGGGUGGGCCUUUACUUAUUUGGAUAUUCAAGGUAUCAGAGUUCCCUGCUUGGCUCUGGCACAGUCUAAAUAUGUGAAGCUAUUCUUUGAGUUCCCUUGCCAGAAGUGUUCAUCUUCGAAAGGGAGGAAUUAAAUCUUCCUUUCUUCAGUGCUGCCUCUCUCCUACUGCCCAGGUCAGAAGCUCCUGUGUUUUCUUGUAAUGUGAGACAUAGCAGGCUCUAGAUUUUGAUGGAAAAUUACAUAUUGUGUAGAAAAUAGCCUGUAUGUAGACAGGCUUCAAUAUGAUUUGGAUGCCUUAGUUCUUAUGAAGGCAACCAUUGAUACCUUUUAACUUUUUUCCCUCUUACAAAAAUAAAAAAUCCACUAGUUACAGGUUUAUUAUCCAGUAAGAUCUUAAACAAAUAGUUAGCAUCAAUUAAAAAAACUAAAGCUUAGAUAAAUUUUGAAAUUCUGCCAUUAUUGAAACCAUCAAAGCAAAGGUUUGAGAUUAUGAAUCCUCAUCCCUUUAUCAUCCCAAGUUUAGUUAUUGUUUCGUGUAGUCCCCUAUUUACAAGAGUGCAGAAGCUAAUUACAAAGCAUUUAUAUAUGAAGUGAUUAAAAAAACCCCAACAGAAUAACUGUAUUUGAGCACUGCUUUAAAGACAAAUAAAAACGAAGUUGUGACUCAUUUGUGUUCUUUUUUGGGGAAAGAAAAGGGUUUGCAUGAAUGUUGUGAAAUUCCCAAGGCAUGGAUAAAGACUAGGCAUAAGGUGAUGCCUUAGGGAGAGACUACAGUCAGUGUCCUAACUGAGCUGAGUCUUUGUAAAUCCUGUGGGACGGAAAAAAGAAGCAAAUUUUGAAUCUGGAAUGGAAAAUUGAGGAUAUACUUACUGCAGUUGUAUGUCUCUGGAUCUUGAUCUUUACUCUGACCUUAACCUGGAAUAGUACUGUGGGAGAUUUCAUUGUGUCAGGUAAAACUGGAUCAUUUUGUUCCCACUGUUUGGAAUCGAGGAGCUGGGCCAGUACUGGCUGUAGUACCAAGUACACAACAGUCUGCUGCAGAUUUCCUGGUGAAUUGUAUCUGUCAUGGACCAGGGUGUUGGUGUAACCUGGUCAGUGAUGGAUACAAUUCAAUCAUUGUAAAAGGUGUUUCCUUUGCAGUAUGUAAACCAGUUGUUAAAGGAUGUACAUUGGUAAGCACAUUUUCCACGACUGAGUGCUUGACUGUCAGAAGACCGCAGCAUUGUGAAAAGAUCUGUCACUUUGACCUUCUUGGCUGUUUGAGAUCUAUGUCAUAAUUCAAAUCCUAAGAGUAGGCUUGUAAAAAUGAUAGUUCCCUGUAAGAGUUUCAAUGAACCUACCGCUACUAUUUAAGAUGUUUUGUGUGCGUUUCUUUCCACUUCUUGCCUGAUUCUUGGUAAUGGACCUAAAUUCUUUGGGAUUUUAUGAACUUCACUCUCAUUCCUCUGUCCCUCCAAAGAUCCUGGCAUGACAAUAUAUAUUCAUUGAAGUGCAUGAGCAAGCUUCCACUGGCUUCACUCAAACCUGAAUUUGGUUCAAAUUAUCAUUUGAAUUUCCCUUCAUUUGAUACCGUGUUGACUGCACAUACCUUCAUUUGAUAUUGUGCAGUCAACAUGAUAUCAAAUGAAGGGAAAUUCAAGUGCAGCAGUUCUUAUUCAUUAUGCUAUCUGUGCAUGCACACUAUAUGCAAAAACAUUUCUAGUGUUUUAGGAUGGAAUGUGUAUUUCUCUUCCCAUUUCUAGGAAGCUAAUUGCUAUUAACCAUUUGUUGUGUGAACAUUGACAUCUCUUUUUCCUAGGAGCCAUCAUUUGAGAUGCUUCCGUUGACUGGGAAAACAAUAAUAUUUGAUAGCUUUCCUGAUCCUUCAGAUACCUGGGAAAUAAUUGAGACUAUUGGCAAAGGAACUUAUGGAAAAGUUUUCAAGGUGUUAAAUAAGAAAAAUGGCAGCAAAGCAGCAGUCAAAAUUUUGGAUCCUGUUCAUGACAUUGAUGAAGAAAUUGAAGCUGAGUACAACAUUUUGAAAGCUCUCUCUGAUCAUCCCAAUGUAGUCAAAUUUUACGGCAUGUACUAUAAGAAGGAUGUGAAAAAUGGAGACCAGCUUUGGCUAGUUCUUGAGCUGUGCAAUGGUGGAUCUGUGACAGAUCUUGUGAAAGGAUUUCUGAAGAGAGGUGAAAGGAUGAAUGAACUUAUAAUUGCUUACAUUUUACGUGAAGCUCUGAUGGGACUUCAGCACUUGCAUGAAAACAAAACUAUCCACCGUGAUAUUAAGGGAAAUAAUAUCCUUUUGACCACUGAAGGAGGAGUCAAGCUUGUGGAUUUUGGUGUGUCUGCUCAGCUGACCAGCACUCGUCUCCGUCGGAACACCUCCGUGGGCACCCCGUUCUGGAUGGCUCCAGAGGUGAUUGCCUGUGAGCAGCAGCUAGAUAGCUCCUAUGAUGCUAGAUGUGAUGCAUGGUCACUGGGUAUUACUGCAAUAGAGUUGGGAGAUGGAGAUCCACCCCUUGCUGAUUUGCACCCCAUGAGAGCUCUCUUCAAAAUACCAAGGAAUCCUCCUCCAACACUGCAGCAGCCUGAGCUGUGGUCACCUGAGUUCAAUGACUUCAUUAACAAGUGCUUGACUAAAGAUUAUGAGAAGCGUCCGACAGUAUCUACUCUUUUGCAGCAUGAUUUUAUUAAGCAAAUUGAAGGAAAAGAAAACGUGCUACAAAGGCAACUCAUGGAAUUUAUUGAUGUUCAUCAACAAAUGGGAGUCACUGAAAAGGCAAGAUUUGAACGUAUUCACACAAAGAAAGGGAACUACAGUAAGUCACUAGUUUCAAACCAAGAAGAGGUAGAUGAUUUAGCAACCUUGGAGGUACUGGAUGAGAAUACAGUAACAGAACAGUUGCAGAAGGGUUAUGCCAAGGACCAGAUCUACACUUAUGUUGGGGAUAUUCUCAUCGCUGUCAAUCCAUUUCGGAACAUAGAUAUUUAUUCUUCACAGCAUUCCAAACUGUAUAUUGGAGCCAAACGGACUGCCAACCCUCCUCACAUUUUCGCUGUUGCUGACAUAGGCUACCAGUCCAUGGUGACAUACAACUCUGAUCAGUGUAUUGUUAUUUCUGGAGAAAGUGGAGCUGGCAAGACACAAAGUGCCCAUCUGCUGGUUCAGCAGCUCACUGUCCUGGGCAAGGCUAAUAACAGGACUCUGCAGGAGAAGAUUCUCCAGGUGAACAACCUUGUAGAAGCAUUUGGGAAUGCAGGCACCAUUAUCAAUGAUAACUCAAGCAGAUUUGGAAAAUAUUUGGAAAUGAAAUUCACUUGUGGUGGCACUGUAGUAGGAGCUCAGAUUUCAGAGUACCUCCUUGAAAAAUCCCGAGUUGUCCACCAGGCAGUAGGAGAAAAAAAUUUCCAUAUUUUUUAUUAUAUUUAUGCUGGUCUCGCUGAAAAGAAAAAACUGGCACAUUAUAAACUGCCAGAAUAUAGACCUCCCAGAUAUCUGCAAAAUGAUCAUUUCAGAAUAGUGCAAGAUUUCAUGAACAAUAGCUUUUACAAGUCUCAGUUUGAAUUAAUAGAACAGUGCUUCAAAGUCAUAGGUUUUACACUGGAGGAACUUGGAAGUGUGUACAGUGUCCUGGCUGCCAUUUUAAAUGUGGGUAACAUUGAAUUUUCUGCAGUAGUAUCUGAGCAUAUGAUUGACAAGAGCAACAUUUCCAAUCCAGUAGCCCUUGAAAACUGCGCAUCCCUGCUGUGUAUUCAGGCAGAUGAACUGCAAGAGGCCCUCACCUCUCACUGUGUAGUGACUCGAGGAGAAACAAUUAUUCGUCCCAACACUGUGGAAAAAGCCACUGAUGUCAGAGAUGCCAUGGCCAAAGCACUGUAUGGACGCCUCUUCAGCUGGAUAGUCAAUCGCAUCAACACUUUACUCAAACCUGACAAACAUUUAAGUGAAAAUGAUGAUGGCUUGAAUAUUGGAAUUCUUGACAUCUUUGGCUUUGAGAAUUUCAAAAAAAAUUCUUUUGAGCAGCUGUGUAUCAACAUUGCCAAUGAACAAAUUCAGUUCUACUUCAAUCAACAUGUCUUUGCCUGGGAACAGAACGAAUACCUUUAUGAAGGUGUUGAUGCAAGAGUUAUAGAAUAUGAGGACAACAGGCCCCUCCUAGAUAUGUUCCUGCAGAAACCAAUGGGUUUAUUGUCUCUGCUGGAUGAGGAAAGUCGAUUCCCACAAGCAACAGAUCAGACACUUGUGGAAAAAUUCGAAGAUAAUUUGAAAUCAAAAUAUUUCUGGAGACCCAAAAGAGUAGAUCUAACCUUUGGAAUUUAUCAUUAUGCAGGAAAGGUUCUGUAUAAUGCAAGUGGAUUCCUAGCCAAAAAUAGAGAUACUCUGCCAGCUGAUAUUGUGCUGCUACUGCGAUCAUCUGAAAACAACCUGACGCGACAGCUGGUAACUCACCCUCUCACAAAAACAGGUAAUCUGGCACACACCAAAAGCAAAACCACAAUCAGUUAUCAAAUGUGGACCUCCCAAAAGUCAAUCAGUCACACAAAGCUGGAUAUCUUUGUGUUGUGCAAUUCAUAUUCCUUCCGUGAGAAUGAAGCAGGAGAUACUGGACAUCAUCCAAGAGAAACAACCAGCAUGAAAACACAGACAGUUGCUUCUUAUUUUAGAUAUUCUCUGAUGGAUUUGUUAUCCAAAAUGGUCGUUGGCCAGCCUCAUUUUGUCAGGUGCAUCAAGCCGAACAAUGACCGGCAGGCGAACAAGUUUGACAAAGAAAAAGUGUUGGUUCAGCUGCGUUACACGGGAAUUCUGGAGACAGCACGGAUUCGAAGACAGGGUUAUUCACAUCGAAUACUCUUUGCUAACUUCAUAAAACGGUAUUACCUCAUCUGUUACAAAACAAAUGAUGAUCCUCCAGUCAGCCCAGAGACCUGUGCUGCUAUCUUGGAAAAAGCCCACCUUGACAACUGGGUUCUUGGAAAAACUAAAGUAUUCCUCAAAUACUAUCAUGUGGAGCAGCUGAAUUUAAUGCGGAAGGAGACAGUUGACAUGAUUAUUUUGAUUCAAGCUUAUGUCAGAGGGUGGCUGGGUUCGAGGAGGUACAAAAAGAUAAAGGAACAAAGGGAACAAAGUGCUAUUAAAAUACAGUCAGCUUACAGGGGGUUUGUUGCUCGUAAAGAAUACAAAAAUGCAAAGCACAAUAAAAAAGUGGAAGAAUAUAUUACCAAAUUUCAAGCAAUUGCCAGAGGAUACUUACUCAGGAAGAAGAGAAAAGAACUAACUGAAACAAGAAACAAAGCAGCAGUAACAAUUCAGUCUCACUACAGGGGAUAUAAGGAGAGGAAGGUCUUCAAAAGCAGGAGGGAAUCACUUAGAAAGCAAGAAAUUGAAAAUGCAGCAUCCAUUAGCAAGAAGGAAAAUGAUGAAGAACUUCAAGAUCCUGAGGAAAGUCCAAGUGAAGUGGGGAGUGUCCUCCCUAGAACAGAAGAAGAAGCAGCUGCCAUAGCAGAGGACGAAUUAUCUGCUGUGGAAUUCCUUGAAGCACAACUGCAGCCAGCUCAAAAUGAUACACUGGAAGAAGUGGCAAGCGAGGAGACUCAAGAUGAACAUGACACCAAGUGCUGUAGGUGCAGUGACGUGGGGAAUGUAGAGGAGCAACAGCAAACAUCUACUGAAGGAGAGGCAGCUUCUGUGAAGCAGAACCUGGCAGAAGAGGUUAGUGAAGGUGAAGAACAGGACUCUCUAGAAGAGUUACCCAGCAAAUCUUUUGUCAAAACUUCAGCUGAACCUACACUUCAGCAAGAGCAAGAUAAUCAAGACACACUUGGUGCAGACUGGCAAAAUCAAGAAUCUGCUGUGGUCCAGCCCAGGACUGACAGGGAUGUGGAAAGAAAUCACCUAAAGCGUGAAGCAGCAAUGCCUACAGGAGGUAAAGGAAUCACAAGAAAAGAGUCACUAAGAAGAGGCUCAUGGAAGCAAGCUGAGGCAGAAAAACAAGGUUCAGAAGACAAAGAGAAGGCAGCUGUGGUAAUUCAGAGCAAUUACCGAGGUUACAGAAGGAGGGGACAGCUCAGAAAAGAAGGGAAACUACCUUGCAAAAGUCAAGAGAAAACAGCAAAGGAGCUAACAGAAACAGUACACAUUCAAAAUAACAAUCCCCAAACAACAAAAGGUAGGGAAAGCACCAGCACAGAGGCUGAAGACUCUAAUACACUGAAGGGAGAUUCAGAGAAAGAGGCCUGUGAUUUGGCAGCCUUUUCACGACAGAUAUCAAAAUUAUCUGAAGAUUACUUAGCAUUGCAGCAAAAACUGAAUGAAAUGAUAUUGUCCCAUCAGCUGAGACCUGUGAUGAUGUCCAAAGAUAAGCAAGCUAAUGGCCGGCUUUCUUCUCAUGUUUGUCAGUCAGUUGUGGCCAAAGUAGAAGACCCUCGCCCAAUGCAGAGACCCCCCAGAAGGCCACGGAAGCCCAAGACAUUAAAUAAUCCAGAAGACUCCACCUACUACACUCUAAUACAUAAAUCAAUACAAGAUGAAAAACGGAAACCAAGAAAAGAAAGUCUGAGCAAAGUGCUAGAUUUAGAUAUCUACUACCAAGAAAUUUCAUCUACUGACUCCACCUCCAAGGACAGCAGUACUACCACAAGAAGGAAGAGAUACCCAAUUGAGCGCAGGACUUCCAUUUUACGAGCUACUGAGCGGUCGAGGGUUGCAGAAAGACCCCUGGAAGAGAGCAAAGCCGAAGAUAAUCCCUAUGACUACAGACGACUGCUGCGGAAGACCUCACAGCGCCGGCGCCUUAUCCAGCAGUUCUAGCUGCUGCUGCUGUUCCUGCUGCCAUUUGGCUUUUAUUAGCAUAAUUUUUUUUAUCAUUUUAUACCAUGUGUUUCCUUUUUUCUUUUUUUUUUAAAUCUUCAAUGUUUUAUGUGUGUUUUCAUGUGAAUAUGGAUUACUGUGGUUUACAGCCCAACACCAUUGCAAAGGGACACUGUCAGUCACAUAUAGUAUUCUUCUCUAAUAUAAAAACCAUUGCUACAUUCUAAAAUUAUUAAAUUUAGUUUAACUUCCUCAGUGCGUAUUUUUUUUUCCAUCAGUCUCAUCCAAUCAAAAUAAGUUUACUUUAUAGUUCCCUAAUUAAGCUUUCAAAUUUCCAUCUGCACCUUCAGAAAACCUUAGUUAUUGUUUCUAAUGAAUUGUUUUACAGGAAAAAAAUUGCAAGAGCAUCAUGGGGGAAUUUCUGCUUAUUUUAGUUUACAUUGCCUAAAUUUUGGGAUGACCUUCUUUGUAGCAAGUGUCCCUCUAACGAAAAUUAAUGUAUACAAUUAACUGGAUAGCAUACUAUGGCAGUUUAUUUCAUUAUUGACUUUACUGUAACGGUAGUAGCCAGUUUUAAAGGUCAAUAUUGUGUAUAUAUUCUUUAUGUUGGAGAUGUCCAUUUAUUGGAAGUAUAUGCAGCCCUCUUCUCUGCCUCUGAGCUUUGUGACUAUGUGAUGAACUUUUAAAUCACGUUUGCUUUGUUCUCAUUUGCAUUAGAUUUUUACGAAUUUUAAUCUCUGAGAUACCAAGAAAGGAAUAUAAAUACACUCUCUGGUUGAUUGCUGCUGAAAUGUAGUGAUCAUUCUUAAUCAGUUCCACUAGAAAUUAAAUGAAAAUAAAAGCAAUAGCCGCAGUGGUCAAAUUUCCCCAAUUCCUUAUUCAGAAGACCUUAUUUCACAGAAAUCACACAGAUAAUUGCAGCGCUUUUUUUCAGGAUUCAUAAUUGCAUGUUCCCAGCUGCAAAGCAAGAGAAGGCAAAUUUCAUGAUGCCAGCAUAAAGGCCUGAUCCUACUCCGUUCCUCAGCUCUCCUAAAUGUGACAAUUGGCGGCAGCAGUCAGCCACAGGGGCUGGGUUUUGUCCGUUCACCGCGCACAUUCGGCCUUUUCCCCAGAGACAGAUAACCACCGCUUCCUGAUCUGUAACUAGGUACAAGGCUGUGCACCCGAUUAAAUUGCACUGCAAUGUAAAAUUUGCUAUAAAUUGUCGAAAUUUUGAAAUGUUGUAAAGUUGCUUUGUUAUGUAUUAAUUAAAAUGGUAAAGUAAAUAAAA